GCCGCCUUUGCCUUGCGAGAGCCGUUGACGUCCUCAAUGGGGCCGAACUGUGCAACUAAUAUCCAUACAUUUAGCUGUAGUGUCACGGUAAAGAGGCCAGGUUUGGUGACGCUUGCUCUGGUUAAACACAUUGACGAGCUUAGCCUUACCGUUUUACUGUGUACAGGGUAUAAUCAUUAGGGGUACUUGGACAGCCCCACCCUCCAAAUCUAACAGCAGAGAUGCCGGUCAACCACUCAUUCAAACUGCGCUCAUCAACUCGUAGCAUGUACCUCGCACUGCUUCGUGAAGUACUUCGGCUUAAUCGAUCCUUCGCCGCAUCUUUAGGUGCACGGAUUUCAUCUGCUUGUGAAUUGCCGCGCAGGUUGGCACGUUCGCAGACAUGUCGUAAAUAUGUCAUGCGACAUCUGGCUCAACCUCGCGGUGUCCUCGUGCUUUCAAGGUUAUAACCAUCCAAGUAAUACUGCAUCGAUUCCUCGCUGCACAUCAAUCAUGCAAUCCGACACUGACAAACCCCUAGGCUCCCCUGUUCUCGAGAUGGUGACCCCUCCGUCGACAUUACUCCCGUUGCCUACGAGCAACGUGCCGCAGGUUAAAGAGACGAUCGCCCAGUAUCCUUUUGAUGAUGCGUCUGCAGACAUCAUCCUUCGUACCUCCGACCGAAUUGUUUUCAACGUUCACAAAGUCAUCCUUUCAUACGCGUCUGGUUUCUUUCGAGAUAUGUUUAGCCUAAACCAAUCAGCGCUCACAUGUUCUCAGGGCUCUGGCAGCUCACAAGAAUCACCGCCUGUCGUCGACGUGGCCGAAAAUGGAGAGAUUCUAUACGAAGUGUUGCAUUGGUGCUACCCCCUCCCACACACCGAGCCAAAGGCGCCUGAAAAAAUCAACAUGAUCCUAGAUGCUGCCGUAAAGUAUGAUAUGGCAGGCGUGAUCUCCUCCAUGUUCCGCCCCCUGCGCGAUCUUCGCGAAACACAUACUCUUCAGGUCUUUGCCAUCGCAUGUCGUUUUGGAUUUGAGGAUUUAGCUGGAGACGCAGCAUCAGUGCUGAGGACCCGAUGGGAAAAAGAGUGUUCUGGUGACAAGUGGGACACUCCUUGGGGGAGCACAACAGCGGGCGGAAACUAUGCUUCGGAGAUGGCCCAUAUUCGCGCGGCAUCGUACUUACGACUUGUGCGAUUUGUCCGUACAGGUGAACGGACCGCCUUCUGCGAGCCGGCAGACCAAGAAGCCUCGCCUUCAGGACCCUACUCAAUAAAAUAUAUCUUACAUCCCGAUGCGGAUCUCACUAUUCGAUCUCAGCUCAACGACGGGUUUGAUUUUAAAGUUCACCGACAGAUCAUAUCUUUCUCUUCAUCCACCCUAAAGGAGAAGAUACUGUCACUGCAAGAUGCGCCUGACUCGGAUGAUUCUCAAAGGCCACCGGUUCUGGAGCUUCCAGAGAGUAGUGCAAUUAUCAGUACGCUGCUGGCGUUGUGCUACCCUUCGGAUGACCAGGAUGCUCCAUACUUCGACCCUUCUGAUAUUCCCGCUCUGGUUGUCGCUACUCAGAAGUAUCAAUUGAAGAGGGCAAUUCCCUUUUUCAAAAGGCACUUGCAGAAACACACAGCUGCAGAUCCGUUCAAGGCUUAUUGCAUUGCCGUCCGAUGCAAUUGGAGAGAUGAAGCGCGGCAUGCAGCUAUUCAUAUCGCGCGGCUUCAGGUCGAAGAACGGUAUCACUCCAUGAUGGAGAGCUUUGACGCAAGGCACUACUACCCUCUCCUAAAAUUCUGUCACGAAUAUCGCAGAGAGGUCACUAACGUUGCAUCUAAAUCCAACCCUCCGACAGUAUCGAAUGGGCCGGGAGUCCCUGAGGCUAGGGCUUGGUCGAGCUUAGAUUGGAUGUGGAAGCUGGUGGGCUCGGAUAUCCGAGAUGCCACUUGGGCUCUCUCGUUUUAUGCAUCCUAUCGUUCUAGCUUGAAUUACUAUAACCGUGACCGAGAAGACAUGCUUUCACGACUCAACGUCCUUCAUAGUGACAUAUCCGAAAGGUUGAAUAAGUUAGUUCUGGAAAUUCCUGGGGACGACGAAUUGGGACAAUGGCGAUCCUCAAUGAAAAGCCCGGGAACAGGAAAGGGAAAGGGAAAGGGACGGAAAGGCAACGGGAAGGGAAAGAUGAUCGCAGCUAAUCCGCCUCCUUGAGUCUGUCUGCGACGGAGUCGACGGAGGCGCAACUUGCGUAGCUGUCGAGUGUGGAUUACCACUAGAUUACCACGUGAACGAACGAACGAAAUCCGUGAAGGCGUGAACGACAGUGGAGCGUGCUCAGCACACCUCACAUUUACAUCAACCUCUCGUGGUCUUGCAGUGUCAGUCUUAGUAUCAUACGUUCAUGACCCUUAUGGUCAAUGUUGAACACCGGAUAUGUUUUGAAAAAACAAUUUAUGCGUAUGAGGAAAGUC